AUGUAUUUCAAAACGAGAGAGAUCGAGGAAGAAGAUGACGAGGAUGAUUAUUCUGACUCUAACAGCAGUUCUGGCGACGAAGGCGAUGACGCUGAUCAAGAUGAAGCUGUUGAGAUCAUGGAAAUAUACGAAACGGAACGUUCCAAAGUGCAAGCAUUUUACUCGGAAACCUGUAAAUGUAAAAUGGGCGUGGGAGAGAUGGCAUGCAGUGCAACCCUGAGCAUAGAUGAUAUCACAGAGUGUAGAAACAACUGUAGUGAACUAUCAUCCGCUGAACUUGACUUAGUCAGACUGGGCAUCAUUCACAGCUCCUUGAACUGUAGCGAAACUAGCAUCUCCGGCAGAGUGGAAAAAACCCGCCAAAGUACAAGGAUGAGCUUCUCUUAUCAUGGAAAAAGAAUCUGUAAGAAAACGUUUCUAUUUCUGCACUGUCUUCAAUACUUCCGAUUUCACAGCCUCAUAAAACAUUACAAGAAGAAUGGAUUGACCUUGCAGACCCAUGGCAACGCGAAAAGGCUUCCCAGCAGUGCGUCGUCUAUCGAAACAGUGGAACGAGUGGAUAAAUUCAUUAAAAAUGUGGCUGAGGAACAAGCCCUCCUUCUCCCCGGACAUGUUCCAGGUUUCAAAAGGAUUGAUGUGAAGCUGCUACCGUCCAACCUCACAAAACACGGUCUUUGGAAGACAUAUUUCGAUAUCUGUACGAGCACAGGGCAAGUAUCAGUGGGCUAUUCGAAAUUCUGCGACCUGUGGAAUCAGCUAUGUCCCUUUAUUUUGAUUAUGCGGCCUGCAACUGACCUAUGUUGGACAUGCCAAAAAAACAAUACUCAGAUUAACAAAAGCGCCAAUUUGCCCGAAGCAGAGAAAGUGGAUGUGGUCAGAAAACAAGAAGAACAUCUCCGUCUGGCCUCAGGAGAAUGAGAAUAUUACAAAAUGUCAUGUAAGGAAACAAAAGUGCGCGUCCAAGCACAUCUUGAAAAAGCCGAUUUUGCGUUCGGACAGAGACCUUGCUCAUACAAAGGAACAGUACAUUACUCGUACGACUACGCACAGCAGCUGCACUAUCCCGCAAAUCCUAACCAGCCAGGACCAAUCUAUUUUAAAACGCCAAGAAAAUGUGGACUCUUUGGUGUAUGCUGUGAAGCAAUUCCUCGCCAAGUCAAUUUUCUUAUUGACGAAAACGUUUUGACAGGGAAAGGAGCAAAUAGCACAAUCUCCUACGUUCAUUACUUCUUCGAGCACCAUGGAUUAGGUGAGACUCACGCUCAAGUCCACGCAGAUAACUGCGGGGCCCAAAACACAAAUUCUGCGUUUUUGUGGUACUAUUUGUGGCGUGUAAACAAUGGACUGCACAGCAGUAUAAACUAUGACUUUCUAUUGCCCGGACACACAAAGUUUGCCCCUGACUGGUGUUUUGGUUUGGUCAAGCAAAAGACAAGACGUACCUUUAUUUCAUCUCUGUUUGACAUUGCCAGAGCGGUCGAAGAAUCUGCUUCAGUUAACGUUGCCGAGUUUCUCGGCUUACACAACGGAACAGUUUGUGUGCCUACAUUUGAUUGGGCCACUUACCUAGGACAAUUCUAUAGGAAAUUACCUAACAUUAAAUCAUAUUUUCAUUUUCGAUUCGACAAGCAGUUUCCAGGAACUGUGUUUUGCAAGCAAUACUGGUUCUCAGAAGAAAAGGCCAUUAACCUUCUCCGAAACAGAAAUCAGCUUCCGCAACCUGGUCAGCUACCCGACAUAAUCAAUCCCCGAGGCAUCAGCCGGGAAUCUUUAUAA